AUGGAGAAGCUCAAGAAUAAGAUUCUGAACCCUAAACGACGCUCUCGCCAGCCUGAAGAUGCAAGACAGGACUCCGCAGUCUCCCGCUCUGGCUUCCGUGACUGGGCUGUAGCUUUCGUAGUGUGCAAUUUCAACGUUGAUGUCGGACCCGAGAUAGAAAUCAUAUACCCUCCAGAUGUAUCCUUCUCCACAGCCGACCUUGGUGCCAUCUGCUUUAACAGCUUUCCAGAACAGCAGAAUACUGAGACGGUCGAUGACCUUGCUUUCAACUUCACCAUCACCAAUUCUUCGCCAGAUGUCAGCAUAUCGUCACCACGUGCCCCUUAUGGCAGUUCAGAUACCUUCUAUGGCACAUGCGUUUUCCGUCAAGAAUUCGACCAUACGAUGAAGCGGAGCUUCAACCAGCGAACACUUGUACUGGUGUCGGCUCACAAUUUCCUGGCCUUUUACACCCGAUUGUUGCAUUGCAUGACAGAAUCUGGUGUUAUCAGUGAUCCGACCACUCUGGAGGCAGCUUACUCCUCAAUGGUCACCUGGCCGUCACCCACGCUUGGUCGGCAAGAACUGCCUUUCCUGGGGUCGGUCAUCAGCUUGGAUAUUGCUCCGCAUUUUGCUUUUCCUCUUCAAGGUCUGGCAGGACCGACGCCACUGAUAUCAGACAAGCCGUCAUCGAUCUACGCUUAUGAGCCGUUAGGAUCAUGGGACACUCUAAUGCAUUAUAUGCCGUGCAUUACAGACCUCUAUGUCAUAUACGAGAAGCUGAUCCUCUGCGAGAGUGUGAUCGUUGUCGCCAAGUCACCUCAACUCGCAAGCGAAGCUGUGUCCUCACUUGUCGAUCUUGUUCGGCCAGUCCCAUACGCUGGUAUCAUCAAACCAUAUAUGACUAUGCAAGCGAACUUCCAGUGCAUAGGCAUCGACGGCGGCACUCCCAGGCCUUUCAUCAUUGGAAUCACAAACCCAUUCCUUCUUAAACGUAUUGUAGCAGCAACCGAAAAGAGUCAACAGCUUCGACCGCACAUUCUGUAUUUGCAGAACUUCGACGGCCCGGUACCGGUCAAAAGACAUCAUUCAAUCCACCACAAGUCGAGCCGCAACGCAUUACUAGACCUUCCUGGUGGUGGCAUAGAAGCACGUAUGCCUUCGAAGCGUUUCUUGAAAUCGGACCAUGCUGUUGUAUCUCAUAUCGAGACUUUGCUCAAGAGUGGUGACCAAACCCACGAGCUAGGACCAAUGAUCAGGCGACAUUUUGCGGAACUGACAGCCCAGUUCAUCGCACCCAUCAACCGCUAUCUCACCACCACCAACGUCGUCUCUCCUGGCGGCAAUCAACGCUAUGCGAGUUUUUCAGUGAACGAAUUCAUCCGUAACCUGGGAAAGCACGGAACCAGCGUCAAGAUUCGAGGGCAGGGCCCAAUACAACGACACCGCACCAGGGACGCAUUCUAUGAGGCCUUCUGCAGCUCGCUCAAUUUUCACUCAUGGCUGGAGAUGAAGAUCGCCUUAGAGACGGAGGCCAGUGCCGGGCUGUUGGGAGCAGGCCCUUCCGCGGCAGGAGGUUGA